AUGGAGAUAAAUGAUUCUAGUAGGACUGAAUUGUUAGAGCGUGCCACGGAAAGAUCAGAGGCUGAUACGAUAGUUGAUGGAAUGGAGUUUGGAUAGCUGUGAAAUGACUUUGAAUGUAAAAGUAGUCCAUUGGUUGAAUCAACAGCCAGACAACUUGUUCGUGAUAUCUUAGAGCUUAGGGAAGGCAACCGUGCAGUUGGAACUUUUGCUGUUUCUGUUAAAUACAAGGAUCCUGUUAGAAGUUUUACAGGUCGUGAAAAAUACAAGAGACCACUAUGGGCUACCAAUGCACUAGAUAAGCCUUCUGCGACAGUUCAAGAAAUGGUGAUGUUGUCAACCAGGGUCCUAAGAAUCAAAUGGAUGAUAAUAGGAAAACCGAAAUCUUUCAUGGCCGGCAUAAGUGGUGAUUUGAUCAUAAAGAUCAACUCCCAGUUUACUCUAAACCGGAUUAGUGGCCAGGUGAUUGAACAUGAGGAGUUCUGGGAUUUAUCAUCUUCUAUAGUCUUUGCUCAGGCAUUUUUCUGGACAUCUCGCCGUCUCUUUGCCACAAUAGAGAGCGGGAAGGACCUGUCUGAUCUUGUUAAAGGCUUGUCAAGCCAUUUGUCAAAGGAGAAAGAAAAUCCAGGAAUUUAUCCAGAUCCGUCUGUUGAUCCAACAAAGUUCUUUCAGAGGGAUGACACUUUUCAAAGAGAUGCAUAUCAAAUAGCAAUAUUUCUGGCAGUAAUCUAUUUUGUUGUACAGUUUUUGAGGACUACCCUAUAAAGCCUUUGAUCCACAGUCGAAAUUGUAACUAUCCAUGGUAUAUAUUCUCAAUGCAUUACCCAUCUUUAAUCCAUAAAACAUCAAACCCCAGUUGUACUUGUAUUCUAUUCAGAUUAUACUAAUAAUAUCAUAAUUUUUCACUAAAAUAAGUCUUCUCUGAUCUUUGCAACAGGAAGUUUCCAGUCACAAAUCAAACUUAACAAAAGAAUAUACAAUAAAAGAACUUUGAAACGGGCAACCAAAAAGCCAAUACAGAAGAAGUUAGUCUCUGUAAAUUCAAUUUCCUGUAAUGUCAUGCAUGUUUGGUAUGCUUAACAACAACAACCAAGUAUUAUCCCAGCGGAAUAAUUUUGCUCCGUGGGAUGAAGAGAUUAAAUUAAAAAGAAAGAAAAAAAACUUCCUGAACGGUAUAUAUAUAACUUCCUAAAUCAAAUCAAGCACACAACCGAGUUGAAUCAAUUAAUAUUACAACAAAAUUAAUGAGUUUUGUGCCACUGUUCUAAUGUACAAAGUUGUGCAGAACACAAGACCGUCUCAAGAAUUUUUGAAGCCCUAGGCAAAAAAAAACAAUACUUGAGGCCUUAAUUAAAUAUUACUUUUAAUAAAAUAGAUUUUUUAUGUAAAAUUUAUAUUUUUUUUUUGGCUUUUUUAAUGUAAAGGUAUUAAUUAAAUUUUUAU